AUGGAACCGGAUGAUAUAUCCAGUCUUUCAUCCGGAAUCUUCAAGUAUAGAAGAACAUCAAUUUAUUCGCAGUUGAUGGGAUUAUCCAAAGUACCCAUGCAAGAUCCAAUGAUAAUUUUCCGGAAACAUUUGAAACUUAUAAGUACAUCUACAAAUGGCCAAGUUUGUUACUAA